UGGACGGCCGGUAUGAACCGAUACCCAUUGAGGAGGUCGAAGAAGAAGUCCUGCAGGGCCACAGCGCCGCGCUGGGCCUCCUUGUCCGCUGGGAACGCGGCGAGCUGCGCUGGCACGACCCGGAGACGGGGCAGGAAAUACCCACCUUCGAGCAGGAGCGGAAGGGCAGGUUGGCCGAACGAGAAGCCAGGCUGGCGGCCGAGGCCCGCGUCAGUGAGCUGGAGGCGGAACUGGCACAGAGAAAAGAAGAGGGAUAAACAGCAGGGGGACCAGCUCCCCCCACGCGAUUUGGCAACUCCAACUCGACCGCAGGGACAGGUAACAGCCUGUCCUUGCAUCGGACAACGCCAUGCUCAUCCUGCACGCCGCCCAAGACAAAGGAAACCUCGUCCUCUGGAGCGAAGACUCCGAACCACACGUGACGCAGUCCGACCGGCAGCUGGAUGGGAAACACUCCUACUGCGCCCAUGCGGAGCCCUUGGCCGAAGCGAUCGGCCUCGAAACGGUCGACAACAGCUUCGCCAGCGCAAUCGCCUGGCUGCCCAGCCGGGGCGACGCUCCCGUGCCUUCCAGCCCCAUGGCCGGCCCCAUGCCCAGGUCGCGAGCCAAGCCGCGCAUCAGGCCAUGGACCGUAACGACGCUCCAGCUGGGGCCGGAGCAAGCCGC